UCGUGCCAGAUUCAAAUGUGUCCCGAGCCUGAGCUUCGGGACCCGAACCUCGUCAUGCGCAACACUAUAAAUUGGGACACCGAGCGCAUCGCACGUUACUUGUACUUGCCCUCAGCACCAGCCGAAAGCCAAGAAAAAGCUUUCGAUCCCUGUAACUGCGUUCGACUAUUUAGGGUUUUUUCGGAGACAAUGGCGGAUGAAUCGGAGCACACGGCGGCGCCGGCUGCCGGCGAAUCGCUGCUCGACAAGAUCGCCGAGAAGAUUCACGGCCACGACGACUCUUCCUCUUCCUCCGAUUCCGAUUCGGAUAAAAAGGAAUCUUCGUCGAUUAAGGAGAAGGUUUUCCGCCUCUUUGGAAGGGAGAAGCCAGUUCACUCCGUCCUCGGCGGCGGAAAACCUGCUGAUGUUCUCUUGUGGAGGAACAAGAAGAUAUCUGCUGGUGUACUUGGUGUAGCCACGGCUAUUUGGAUCUUUUUUGAGUUGCUUGAAUAUCACCUGCUUACUCUAGUCUGUCACAUUUCCAUUCUGUUGCUUGCGGUUUUAUUUUUGUGGUCCAAUGCCCAUACCUUUAUUCACAAGGCACCACCUCGCAUCCCGGUUGUUCAUAUCCCCGAAGAACCAAUUCUCCAAUUUGCAUCUGCAUUGACAAUUGAAAUCAACCGUGGAUUUGCUGCCUUGCAUGCUAUUGGUUCUGGAAGAGAUUUGAAGACAUUUCUCAUUGUUAUUGUUGGGACGUGGAUUAUAUCAAUUGUGGGGAGCUGGUGCAAUUUCUUGACCUUGUUCUACAUUGCUUUUGUUUUGUUGCAUACGGUUCCUGUCUUGUAUGACAAGUAUGAGGAUAAGAUAGACCCUCUAGCAGAGAAGGCACUCAUUGAGUUCAAGAAGCAGUAUGCUGUGUUUGACGAAAAGGUCUUGAGUAAGAUCCCGAAAGGCCCAUUGAAAGAGAAGAAGUUAGCUUAGUGUUUAAGUAUUUGUACUCUCAUCAAGAACUAAAAAGGAGGCUACAACUUCAGUCUUUUUUAUUUACUAGAGCCUCGUUUCUUUCAAACCAUAUACCAAGCCUUGUUUUGGAUUUUCUUUAGGCGGGUGUGGUACUCGCGGGUUUAGCUUCAAGAUGUAGCUUUUGAUUUUGCUAUAAGCAUGUCGAUUUUGCUUAUUACAGUGUUUGUUGGACUUGUAGUCUUCAAUGGACAAUUAAUUUGUAAGCAAGAAAUAUUUAUGUUAAUUGUCAACGUUAUUUUUCAUUGAUGAAAAA